AUGGCGAUUGACAUGGUGGAAGUCUUCCGCCACUAUGCGCCGCAGAAUGGCAUGGACAUCCGGGCUUUCAUCAAGAGCCUGAAGGAUGGGAACCUUCUCGAUGAGCACUUUACCAAGGUCGACGCCGACUUGGCCUUUGCACGUCGGACCGCCAAGGGCUCACGGCGCAUUUCCCACGAGGAAUACUUGCAGAUUCUGCGGGGCAUCGCGAGGCGCCGAUCUGUUCCGGACGAGGAUAUCUUUCGGCUGGCGAAGAAUGGGUUGCCAGAUGCUGACGAACCGGCUGGUGAGGAGCGGCUGCCGACGUCUGGACCCGAAAGGUUCUUCUAUGACACGAGCACCUACACAGGGGUCCACAAGUACGGGACAAGUCCCGAGCGGCGUGGCCGAACAUCCCCACCUCGUGCUGCAGCCAG